AUGCCCGAUCCAGCGAAGUCCGCCGUUGGACAGGAUCCGGCCUUCAGCUCUACCCGGUCGGUUGUCGUUAAAAAAUACACAUGCAUGUAUACCACAGAUCUCCAGAAACACAGGAAAGUUUGGCAUGAUGGAUUCAUCCGGAUGCGACACGUGAAUUCGAAGGUGUACUUGAUAUCUGAAGGCGGACACACCCUUGCAGAAAGUUUCAUGAAGCUCUCGUCUAGUCGAGCCCAACCUGCAAGCAAUCCGGAUCGGUUGAAUUACAUGAAGGUCCAUCCUGAGUUCAGCUUGGAUGAAGACGAGCAAAUCGAGUUCGACCCGGCCGAAGACAGCGAACUACGGCCAUCAUCGUAUAUGGCCCGAAUAGUCGAGUUGGUCAAGGUUGAAGCAGAGAAUGUGCCCCUGCUUCCACCGCUGAAUACGAACGCGCGGCAAGACCUGCACAAGCGGAAGAUGGAGUACUUGGACCAAACCAUCCAGCAAUUCUCGAAGCGGCCGAAGCCCGGCUCGAGUCCCCAGGCCCCGCCGCUCUCCGACCCCAUCACCCCCUCGACCCCGGUCCCUGCUGCGUCGAGACGGAAAAUGGCGGGCUUCGAAAGCCGCCCGUUCAACAGUCCUCUGUUGAAUAAAUCCAGACAGGCCGAGCCCACGCACUCCCCCGCCUUGGAGCGCCUCCGGCCGUCAUCUAUCGCCAGACCGACUCCGAGUGUCGUGUCGCGUUCAGAGGCACGCAUCGAGGAUCCGGUCGACCGCCGUCUACCAGACAGCCCGGGCCCGAAAGCCCGCGGCUCCUCCCCCCCGCUCCGCCCUCGUCCCCGAACCCACCCGGCUGCUCCUCCUCCUCAACCAAAGCUCCCACCUCCACGCCCCAAGCACCCUCCCACGCACCCCUCGACGCCGAGGGCCGCCCCCUCGUCGUCCUCUGCGCGCGUCUCCAACCACAAGCCGCUGAAAGUCGACUGGGACUCGCUGUUCCAGGCCGCCAAGCCGGCAUGA